ACGGGAAAAAUGAGAACACAAGCGUUUUUAUGUGUAGUCCUCUUUAUAGGAGAGUAUAUAGCUGCACCUCUCUCAGAAAAAAAUGGUCACAAAUUUGUAGUAUCAAGAGAAAUAUUCGAUGACAAUUUCAUUAAAUGUAAAGCAAAACAUGAUAUCGUGGAUAUUAUGGUACCGUUGAAUGCUUUUACCUUGAAGACUAAUAUAGGUUUUGAUUCUAAUAGCAACAUCGAUAUGACGGUUUUCUUAGUAGAAGCUGAUCUUAAGAAUGGCAAACGUGUUGACAAAGGACUGUACUUAUGUAAGAAUGAUGAGGUGAAAAUGGUUCUGCCUAAUGGAAGAGCAGCGGCGGCUUCAUUUAACGAUGAAAAAAUAGUCUAUGUCGGAGCCAGCGAUGGUUUAUAUGUUUAUAAUGUUGAGUCCAAGUCCGCUGUUAAAUAUGGAAAUUUUUCCGAUAGCAUUAUUGAUAUCGGUACAAAUAUAGAUGGAAAACACAUUUACAUUCUGAGUGAAGAUCACAAAUUAUAUAAUGUGACAAAUGAAGGCGCAGACAAAGAGUUGCUCCAAGAUGUAGAAGAUGCCCAGGAAAUUGUUUUGGGUUAUUCUGAAAAUAUUUACUUCUAUGACUCGAAUAAGGAUGUAUUCAUUAAAAAUGCUGAUGGGGUUAUCAAAGUUCAGGGUCUACCGGAAGGCAGGAAAUCCCUUAAGCUUGUAAACCCAACGAUAAUGAUGGUGGAAGCGGUUCCUUUGAUUAUAGACAACGCUCUAUACUAUAUCAAAGCUAAUGGAACAGCUGAAGCUACUGGCGGGGAGUUCAGUGCCAAUGCGAAACCAACUGCUUAUGGCGCUUAUGCCACUCUUACUGGAAACAUGAGAACACAAGCGUUUUUAUGUGUAGUCCUCUUUAUAGGAGGGGAUAUAGCUGCACCUUUUUCUUUUGAAAAGGAUGGAAAAAUUGUGAUAUCAGGAGAAACAUUCGAUGACAAUUUCAUUAAAUGUAAAGCAAAACAUGAUAUCGUGGAUAUUAUGGUACCGUUGAAUGCUCUUAACUAUGACGAGGCUAUGAAAUCUAUUUCCUUGGAGUCUAUGGCGGAGAUUGAUUUUGAUAUAAAGCGCCUCGAUAUGACGGUUUUCCUAGUAGAAGCUGAUCUUAAGAAUGGCAAACGUGUUGACAAAGGACUGUACUUAUGUAAGAAUGGUGAGGUGAAAAUGGUUCUGCCUAAUGGAAGAGCAGCGGCGGCUUCAACAAACGACAAUAAAUUAGUCUAUUUCGGAGCCAGCGAUGGUUUAUAUGUUUAUAAUGUUGACUCCAAGUCCGCUGAUAAAUAUGGAAAUUUUUCCGAUAGCAUUAUUGAUAUCGCUACAAACGAAGAUGGAAAACUCAUUUACAUUCUGAGUGAAGAUCACAAAUUAUAUAAUGUGACAAAUGAAGGCGCAGACAAAGAGUUGCUCCAAGAUGUAGAAGAUGCCCAGGAAAUUGUUUUGGAUUAUUUUGAAAAUAUUUACUUCUAUGACUCCAAUAAGGAUGUAUUCAUUAAAAAUGCUGAUGGGAUUAUCAAAGUUCUGGGUCUACCGGAAGGCAGGAAAUCCCUUAAGUUUUUGGGCCAAGAGUUCCUUAAAGAGCCAUAUGUUACUUUGAUGAUAGACAACGCUCUAUACGCUAUCUAUCCUUUUGGAGUUCCUCUAGCAAGUGCUGUGGAAUUGAGCCCUAAUGCGAAACCAACUGCUAAUGGCCUUGGGUCCGAAACAUUGCAAUACUACGCAUACAACAAAAAUCUGUAUGAAUUUUAUCUGUGA